UUUAACGUUUUAUUUAUUCCCCUUGAUAACAUGUUAGUUGGAUUUAUUCUAAUUUUCGUAUUAUCUUUGUUUGCCGUCUGCUUAUAUUAUAAAAGACAGAGACUUACUACCGGUAAAGAUAUUCCACGGCCAAGAGGAUUCCCGAUUAUAGGCAACAUCAACCUUCUUCUGGGAAAUUUAGCCCCUUGCAUUGUAUUACAGCGUGUUGGCAGAGAACUGGGAGAUGUUUUUAAGUUGUCAAUUGGAUUCAAAGAUGUCGUUGUACUAAACAGCGCAGAAGUGAUUCGAGAAGCCUUUGGAAAAAAAGGAGACGACUUUUCUGGGCGCCCAUACGUCUACUCAAUAGACAGAAUAUCGCAUGGUGACGGUGGUAUUGCUUUUCGAGAUUUUUCUCCAUCUUUGGUACAACAUAAAAAGGUGUCGGCAGCUGCACUUCGCUCAAAUUUUGUUGGCUAUUUUGAAGAAAGUACCGGCAAAUGUAUAUUCAGAGAAUUAGACGAGUUACUAAGCUCAUUUCAAAAAGAAUGCAACGCAUUUGAUCCGAGUGAUAUAUUAAAUGUUGCAAUUGCCAACAUUAUCUUAAACAUUACUUGUAGCAUAAAGUAUGAGGCUGGUGAUAUUGAGCUGGAAGAGCUUCUACAAGCAAAUGAUAACCUAAAAGUUAUUUUUAAAGUAGGAGAUAUCAUUGACGUAUUCCCAUGUUUGAAGGUAUUUCCCAACAAAAGACAGCGAUUGGUUGUCCAGCUUAUCAACAUCCGUGACAAAGUAUUUGUGAGAGAAUAUGAACGUCACAAAUGCAGUCAUGAUCCUGACAACACCAGAGACUUUGUUGACGCCCUCCUUAAUCUCGGAUACUUGCCCAAGGACCAGAUUGUCAUGACCGCGUGGGAGAUGUUUUCUGGCGGAUUUGAGUCUACUUUUCAAACGAUGAGAUGGGCAAUUCUAUAUCUUAUGAUGAAUCAAGAGGUACAAUCUAAGAUACAACGGGAAUUGGAUGAGAAUUCUUGGCACCGUUAUCCUGCUUGGAAGAACAGGCGUCACUUACCGUACCUUGAGGCCACCGUUCUUGAAGUAUUACGACAUAGUUCAUUUUCCUCCCUCAAUGGACCACAUCAAACGACCAUUGACACCGAGAUUUCCGGAUACAAAAUACCGAAAGGAACGAUGGUACUAUCAAAUCUUUGGUGGGUUCACCAUGACCCAUCCACGUGGACAUCACCAGGUGAAUUCAAUCCAGAUCGGUUCAUCGACACGAAAGGCAGUGUCCACGUACCUCCGCAAUUUCUUCCAUUUUCGAUUGGCAGGCGUAAGUGUCUUGGAGAUCAGUUUGCAAAGAUGGAGGUGUUUACACUACUAGGUGGCAUUCUACAGAGGUACACUAUUUUACCUUCGGCAGGUGACCCGAUCCCUAGUGCAGAGCCGAGUGAACCCGACAUGAUUCGGGUUGCGGAUCCCUUUAGGAUCCAAGUGCUCCCCAGAGCAAAGCAAAUUUCUUGAUAGUAUAUUAUAAAGACCUCUGGGUAAUAACGAGUAGUACCUGUAAAUAGUAAAACAGUCACAGAACUGAUUUUUUUUUUUUUUUUUUUUUUUUUUUUUUUUUUUACAUUUUUUUAUAUUCUGAACCCAAAAGCAUUGGUUAAAAUAGUCGCAGAAAU